CGCGUCGCUGCCCUCCAGCAUUCACGCCUCCCGCGUCCGUUCCGUGGCGCAGGCACACCGCGGUCUAUAUACACGGACGUGUACGCACGCACACGGCCACGCGGACCACCCGUAUACACGCGGCCGCCGUCUCGUACACACCGCCCUGAAUCCGGACGGGGACUUUAGCACACCAACACCUCCGCGGGAGGUGUGGGGGUGAGCCCCCAGAGGAGGUGUCAAUCCUAGCGCUGCUCAGUGACCAUCGCGGCGCCACCCAAGUAACACCUUUCGUCCGCUCUUCAGCCCCGACUGAUCGUCGUCACCACCGUGUGGUCACCGCGAGUGGAAAUAAACCACUCCUUUUUAUCAUUGCUCCGUCGUCGUCUCCGUUGGUCCACGCUUCCGUGUCGCGUACGUGCGCGUUCAACGACGUCUUACACCUCAAGCUGAACUGUCCUUUCAUGAAUCUGUUUCAUGUAGCUCGUCGGACGAUUAGCGGAUGUCAGAAAUUAUCGUAAAUUGUGAAUUUAGUGUCCUGUUUUGAAGCACUUGAGAGAAGCACAGGGGAGAAGAGAGAGGACGCAGAGGAUGACAAAAGCUCAACUUCAGGAAUCUCUGCGAGCCAAUCUGUGAGAAGUCAGUGAUCAGUGAUCAUCAGAUUUGACAGCUGUAUAACUAAAAGUGACUCGCGGCUAGUGUCUCGAGAAAAUGCGAGUGACUCUCAUAUUGAAAAUCUACCGCGGAGCGUCAUCAUAGACGUCCGCUCGCGAGUGCUCGAACAUCACGACGACACGGAGUGUCAAGUGUACAAUCUCGCCACUGUUUGGUGAGGUGCAAGCGAAGGCAUACGACUCGGUGAUUUGCCGAAUUCUCGCGGGUGACAAUUCGGAAGUAUAACGUUUCAUGGUGGAGACGUGCUGAAUCAGUCUGGAUCAGUCCUGCCGGCAGGACCAACAUCUGCAUCGUAAGAUGUCGACUGGACAACUCUUGGCGACACUCAGAGAGACUAUCGUCGACGAGUUCCCGGAAAUCCGCGCGAAAGAACGCGAUCGUAUCGAGGAUCGCGAUUCACGAUCCUGAGCGCGAUCGAAGAGUGCCUCUCUUUCGAUCAGGACAAGUGUUCGUAAAUAUGAGGAGGAACGAGCGCGAUCGUUGACCAAGAACGCACUCUUGAGCAGCAGCCUCCGUCCGACGGCUCGCGAGCGACAGCGUGCAUUCCGGGUCGCGGACAGGAACGAAGAAGGGAAAGAGCAAGAGAGAAAGAGAGCACCAUCCGCGCGCGAGGAGCAGCACCCGCAAGCAAGCAGGUUUGAGUCACUCGAAGAGGAAUCUCGCGCGACUCGGCACCCACGCCCGUCUCGAUGAGAUUCGAACAAGACACGGCGUGCAGGGGUACCCACUGCGCCAGCACUCCGCAACCCUCCGCGCUGCAACAGCGAUCACGGCCCGAGGAGGUGGUGGUGGAGGAGGAGGAGGACUCCUCCGCGAAGGACGUCGACGGUCAACGACGCAGACUUGGCAUAGAAUUGGAGGCUAACGUGGUCGAGGGUGCGAACACGGGGCCGCGUGCCGAGGCGGGGGGGCCUGGGAUGGCGUACCCCGCGUCAGCGACGGCUCUGAAUCAGCACUCGGCCUUCGCGAGCACGAUCGCCGGCGGUACGCCGCCCACCAGCAACCCCAACGGCCACAUCGGCGCCGGAACCGGACAUUUACCGGCACCGGCGGCGCCGCGGCCGACGGACUUUAGCGUCUCAUCGUUGCUGACCGCGGCCAGCACUCACCCACCCGGUAUCUUGGGUGGUUCGUCGUCGCAAGGUAGCGGAUCACCGCCACCCGGAGGACCCGGCAGCCCGGCCGCGGCGCCGGAAACUCCGCCACCCUUGUCUGCGAGUGGUCAGCAGCGCGACUUGUCGCAUCCCUCUUCGGCGGUGGCGGCCGCAAGCUACUUCGGGGCUGCCGCCUUGGCGGCAGCUGGUUUCUACAAUCCGGCGGGCCAUCUACCGCCUACGAGCUCGCCAGGACCGACGGCAAUAGCGGCGGUACAUCAUCUUCAGAGCAAGGGGAUACUUACCGGUGCGCAUCAUCAUCCGCACCUCAAUCCGCACGGCCUCACGCCUCCAGGCCUUGGUCUGGGCCCGCACACACCAGAAGAGGCCGCCGUCCUGGCGGCGGCCGCGGCGGCGUUACACCAUCAUCAUCAAGGCCCCGGUGGUCCAGCGAUGAGGCCGUUGAGGCCACCGCUGCCACCGGGGAUGCUACAUACGUCGCCGCAUCCCCUGGCCACCCAUCAUCCCCUUACGGCGCCGCAUCAUCCCCUCGUGCCGCCUCAUCAUCCAGAGGAGGACGGUGUCGUCGAUGACCCUAAGGUUACGCUCGAAGGCAAAGAGCUCUGGGAGAAAUUCCACAAGCUCGGGACGGAAAUGGUCAUCACGAAAAGUGGCCGACGCAUGUUUCCCGCGUAUAAAGUGAGGGUGUUCGGGUUAGACAAGCAGGCUAGCUACAUACUUCUAAUGGACAUCGUGGCAUCGGACGAAUGCCGAUAUAAAUUUCACAACAGUAGAUGGAUGGUAGCGGGUAAGGCAGACCCGGAGAUGCCGAAGAGGAUGUACAUACAUCCGGAUUCACCCAGCAGCGGUGAACAGUGGAUGCAAAAGGUCGUGAGCUUCCACAAACUCAAGCUCACUAACAACAUCAGCGACAAGCACGGCUUUGUAAGUACUACGAUACUGAACUCGAUGCACAAGUAUCAGCCGAGGUUUCACCUCGUGCGAGCCAACGACAUCCUGAAGCUUCCUUACUCGACGUUCAGGAGUUACGUUUUCAAGGAGACGGAGUUCAUCGCCGUGACGGCCUAUCAAAACGAAAAGAUCACCCAGCUGAAGAUCGAUAACAACCCUUUCGCGAAAGGAUUUCGAGAUACCGGCGCGGGGAAGCGCGAGAAGAAAAGGCAGGCGCUACUGACAGUAUCGGGCGGCGGUUCCCGUUUAACAGCGGGCGGACCAGCGUCACCGGACAAACGGCGCUCAUCCAACUCCGCCAAUGACCUGCUGGACGAUGAGGACAAGCUGCUCGACGUGGUCGGACCUGACACGCCGCAUCCGGCCCAUCAUCAUCGGGAACGGGAGCAUUCCCGCGAGAGGGAUGAUCGUGCGAGCGAACGAGGCGAGGGCAGCGAGUCGUCCGGAUCUGAGAGCGGCGGUGGUGCGGGUCCAACCGGGUCCGAAGGUCCACGGCCGGAUGUCUCCGUCGGGCCGCCGCUUCACCCGCCGCUGCUGCCGUAUUUGUACCCGCCGGUACCUGGACUCUAUCCCGGUCCCGGUCACCUGAUACCGCCCAGUCCCCUGGGACUGCACGGCGGCGUGACACCUGGUAUGCUUUUCAACGCCCAAUUGGCCCUGGCGGCCUCCCAGCAUCCGGCGUUGUUCGCGCACUAUCCCCAUCCCCUGACCAGUCCUCUGCACCAGCUAGGAAAAGGGCACAGAUACGCGCCCUAUCCGUUACCGGCACCUUCGCACGGUUCGGCUUUCGAGACCGUGACACCCGGCAGCAGGACCCUGAGUCCGAGGUCGCCGCCACCGAGGCCGCCGACUGACUCACCGACGCCUACCGGCGGUGGUGGUUUGACCUCGACGACACCCAGCUCAGCCGGUGAGCUCAAGUCGAUCGAGAACAUGGUGAACGGGCUGCAGGAGAAGCGACGGAGAAGCCCGAGUCUAACGCCUGGUCAUCGAGGCGACGACGCCGGCGGGGGGAGUCCGUGACAGGAGAACGAGCCUGUGAGCAGCACGAAGGACGACGACCCUGACGAGGAUGACGAGUGCGCCGAUGAGUCCGGCGGCGACCCGGAGGACCUCUCUGCCGACGAGAGGGAGCCGGACUCCACGUCGGAGCCGUCGUAGCGGCAGGAACGUCGGCUGGUCGGCACUGGGUUUCUCCUGCCGCCUCGUCCACGGAUCGCCCUCGUCGCUCCCGUGCUCGAAGGGCCGGCCAACCGGUCGGCCGGUCGUACCCUGGGGUUCUCGCUGGACGCGCCGGACGGGAGCGGGGAAGGCCGGACUCUCAUACUACAAAGUGCAAUUUUAUUUCAGGAAGCGGCGUCGCGCGCUCGGAUAAUCGUGCCCGCACUCGCGCCAGCCGCGACGCCUCUCGUGCUUUCGGGACGGAACCGUGCGAGUUGCUCGCAUGUUUCCUGCAUCUGUAAAUAGAAACGCGUGAUUCCGACGUGUUGAGCGCGAUCGCGCACCUGUAGGCGUGUGCGUCCCUGUUAAAAGGACCGCGAGGCGGGCUGUGUUGGACUCUCGACGGACGCUGCGCCGAUCGCGCGUUAUUGUAAAUUAAAACGAGAUGCAAGGGUGAGAGUGCGUGACGGGAGAUGACGAAUGCGAGUGAAAAAGGAAGCGAGAACGAGCGAAUGAAAGAAAGAGAAAGAGAGGGUACCUGUGUUCUGUAUGAAUCUACGUUCUACCUGUACGUUAGAUCUUAAGAGAAGGAAGAACAGAGAACGCGCGCGCGUGCGCGCGAUAUUGCAAUAUAAGAGCACCUCCUACUAUUUGCAGUCCCUGUACAUAUGUACCCUAGUGAUAUUAUAUUAUAUUAUAUAUUAUAUUAUAUAUAAAUAGUAUAUAUAAAUAUAAAUAACACAUCUACACUCUCUGUACUAAUUAUUAAAUAUAUUAUUAUAUAUUAUGAAACGAUUAGGAGACGUAAACGCAUAAACGCACGCUGCCCGAUUUACGAAACUCGAAAACGCAAAGAAAAGAAAUUCCGAAUCCGAAGAAUGUCGGGGAGUCGGCGAUCUGCAAAACUCGGAAAGCUCGGCGCGGCGUAAAACCGCGGAUCGCGCUUCAUCGAGGAACAGCGCUGCAUCCGAAUCCUCUUGUUCUCAUUAUUCCACAUCGCCGUCACCCGGAGACUCGCGUCCUUUAAGAGUGCGUCGGAGGUAAGAUCGUCGGUCGAAAUGAGUCAUCCCUUUAUAUCCUCGUCAUGAUCAUCGGUCGUCCGAUCAAUCGUACUUUUUCUUACGAACCGUGAGGGAAAAGUCAUUUCGUAUUGUCGACGAUCUUCCCCGUGAUUUUACAAUCUCCUUCGAUCUUUUACUCAUAGAUUGGGAUGGAUUGGGCUUACGGUUGUUGCUGACGAUGGUUUUCCACUUCAUGAAAUUACAAACGGUUAGUUUAAGGAAACACAAUAUUUCCUCAUGUUAUAUUCAGAUACUGCAUAAUUCAGAUAUGGACUAUUUUUAUUUUGUUACAUUUGUUAAAAGUUCUCAAUUUUUCAGGACUGAAAUGUUUUAUUUUACUGCAACUCGAUCGUACAUUCAGCAGAAUACCUCACUGUGCCGAUCAAAAGUCCAACCCGGUCCCGAAUUUGUAUAAAAAUAGUAGCGAUCGGUGUAGAUAAUUAUUAAACAUAUAAUAUAACGUCGAGCAAUUUACAAUCAACCGCGCGAGUCACUUUAGGGAGCGGAGGGAGCGCAAUCGCGAAUACGUACGCGUAUACGUAACACAAUGGAGGCGGUCUAAAGAGAGAAACGUGAUGUCCGGGAUGGGAGAUAACGGUGAUUCGAGGCGAAAUCGCGCGGGAUGCCUGCGGCAGAACGUAGCAUGGCGAUUUUAAAGUAAAGAAACGUCUGAGAAUGGGAUUCCCGCGAUGCUCGAGAACGGGAGAGACCGUUAUCGUUUCGCGCGCGCUGCGACGAUAAGGAUGCACCUCACGUCCGAAACGACCGGCAGCGAUCGAAAGGUCAGCUCGAUGCCUGGCAUUGUCUGACAUCUUUACGUCGAUCAUCUCGUCGUGCGAUCCAAGUUCGGCUUCCCGCGCGAAUUCUAAAGCAUACCGUCGCGAUUCGGCUUAUCACCGUCGCGUCUCUUACGCGUUUUCGAUCCUGCAGCAAUGUAUCGCAAAAUGGAGAAGAUACGAGCGGAUCUUCUAUAGUCGAGAGAUGUUUGUCGAUCAGCCAAAUUUGUCAACUAUUGUUUGCCGCAAUGGCGAAAGGUAAGUUAGCAGCGACUAAACAAAGCGAUCGGUCACUCGAAAAGUUAAACAAAACAAUUAACAGUUAGCAUUACUUGUCUGAUAUAAACGUAACCUUUCGAAUGCUGUUAUUUUCUUACAGUUCUAUUACAGUACUACUAUUGCAGUUCUUAUCCGUAGAGUUCGUUUGGGAUUUUGUCGAUUUAUUGCCAAUCAAAGUUUUUACGCGAUUUAUGCACAGGAACGAGUAAAAUAUGAUGCAAUCGACGGGUGUUUUUUAACACCGAAACGCGUUAAUUAAAACGGGAGAUGUAUUAAGUCUUGGAAGUUCUGAUCAGCUUCUCUCCAUUUUGCGAUAUUCAUGGAGCAACGUUGUAAUGUGUUUGUAAAUCCGAAUUAAUGGGGAGCGGAAAAUAUCAUGAAAUUCGAAAGCAAUAAUCGAACAGAGCCGUGAGUGCAACUAUCGCGGAUGAAACUUAUAAUUGGUUCGGCUGUUUUGAAUAGAAUACCGCGGUCGAGCGCCAAGACGAGUAAAAAUUGCUACCGGUCCAAUUGGCGAAAUUCAUGAGGAAGAUUUUCGGGUGAUUCCAGAUGGGUAUCGUCGAGUAACAGAGGCCCACUGUGCUUUAGGCAAGCAUUUAUUCAUACAGAAGGAGUGGCAUAUAGCGAAAAGCUAUUCGAAUCAAUUAACAUUACCUAAUCGGAGAGUUAUUAUUGAUAACGAUAUUAUUCUCGAAAAUGACGAUGUUUCCUAUAAAGUUUUAUAAUGUUCACGAUACAUUUAGUUGUUACCGAUUGCGCAUAAUAGGUCUUGAUCCGUUUUAGAUUUGCGCGUGAGAUUUAUGAAUUUUAACAAAUUCUGGUAUAUCUGGCGAGCGUUUUGUAUAUAUUUACGUUGUUCCAAUCUGUAUGCAUUCAGCGCUAAAUUUGGUUUCUUCCACCUUCAAUUCUGAUCCUGAAUAUUAGUACGAAGAAUUCGAUCAAAGUACGCGGACGUGAGGUGAGAGUUGCCACAUUUAGUGCUGAGUGUAAGCACGAACCAAUAUGCCGAAGAUGCAGAAGUAGAAACUGAUCGAUAUGUACAGAUGCACAAUUGAACAGGCAAGUGGAUGAAGAAGGCUUGUCACAUCCUUACGCAAGUUAAGUUAUUUGUACGGAUAAAUGUUAUUCUUUAUUGUAUCAUACGUAUCAUACGUAAUACGUAUUAUGAAUUUAGUGCUGUGAUGGUUCUUAGUGAAAUUAGCUUGUGGAUAAAGAGUCCAUGUACAAUAUUAAGUCACAUUAAAGCCGCGAGCAUAAUUAAUUUAACGUUAAAGCUUUGUAAGCGUUGUUGUAUCAAAUAUUUUCUUCGUCCAUCUGCUCUUUCAAUUAAAACGCGUCGAUUGCGCUACGUUCGGCGAGUUUAUUGGAAUUGUAAGGCAGCUAACAGUCGGAGACUUUCGCAAGAUUGAAAUCGCGUCUCAGUUCCCUCGAAUCUUUGGGAAUUUGCUCAACCCUCGCAUAAUUAUUGUGGCUUCCUUCGGGGUGCGCACACGGUCCUACGCUCGAAGUGACGCGAGCCUCACAUCGACGAGAAAAUAAGAAAAUAGCAAUAAAAAGUAAAAAAAAAUGAAAAGAAAGUUCAUGAAAAAAGAAGAACGGGCGGCCCGGGCGUGGCCGUGCGCGUCAAAAGCGGAUCUAACUUCUUAACACGAGAAUCGUGAUAUUCCGUGGCUUGUAUUGUAUAUUGUACACUCCUUAGUUCCUCUGUUCCCCGUUCCGACUCCGUUCCCAUCUUGCCCCGCCAUCGAAGUCCCUCCGAAAAAAUCCACGUGAUUUAAGAAUUAUACAUAUAUAUAUAUAUAUAUAUUAAUUUAAAAAUACAAGAAUACACUCUGUGUAUACUCUCAUUUCUCUCACAUUCCACCUUACAUGGCGCGCGAUUUUACGAGAUGCAAGAAGCACGCGAAUAAUUUGCAUAUCACGUGUACGAUGUUUCCAGCGUUAACAUCAAAUGACCGAUAAUCCGCGCGUGAUUGCGGAUAAACAAACGUAACGCACCACGAAUUUACCGUUGCACGAUUAGAUUGUAUUAUGCGGAUAGAGCUGCAACAUUACCUCUUAAACUUUAAGAGAUAAACUUAAACUUUAAGACUUAAAGAAUGUCGUCCGCACGUCAAUCGCGUCGUUGGAGAUCGUCAGCGUUGCGCUUGUUAAUUUUCUCCUCGUCAUAAUUUUAAUUUUUAAUGCCCGCUAAUAAUCCCAUCAACUAAUUUUAAUACCAGGCAAGUAAGCCGGAAAAAAUGAUCUCGCUCUAUCGUAUUGGGAAAUCGCUCACUGGGGUUACUAUGAAUGAUAAUGAUUCGUAUUAAACAGAUUCCGAACGCGGUCGUGGAAUAUACGCCGCGCAGCCAGUCGACCGAUACGCGUUUUAUAACGAAGAAACUUUUGAUUCCGCCGCCUCUUUAAUGAAAGAAACCGUUUCCUUUUUGCCGGAAGAUAAGCGCGCAGGAAGGCGCAUCGGUGGCGCAGGAAUUUUAAUCUUUCGGCCGAUCGGCCCGGCGAUUGUAGUAAUUACGGUUUGCCAGUGUGAAGAUACGACACGCGCUCCUCUUUCCAUCGCAAAAUAAAGUAAUGGAAGCGUCAAGACCACCGAACGUUUCAGAAUCGGUUGAGAAAGCAAAGUAAGAUUUGAAAAAGCCUGGUAUGUUAGAUAUGUAUUCUUACUCUUAUUAAUUAAUUCCUAGAAACAUUCGCGAUGAUGCUUUACAUGAUGCUACAAUUUAAAUAUUCCUUGAUUUUUAAGACAAGUUAUGUCACACUCGUGAUAAUAUGUUGCACGAGAGUGUACUCCGGGAACGUGCAAAUUGAUGAAAUAUCGGAGUAAUUAACGUUUCUCUCUUUUUUUUUAAAUUCCAGAGUAAAUUCGUCGAUAAAUUCGCAUUUCCGUAUCGUCUCGCGGUGCGGAGGCAAAUUCCGAUGAUUGCGUAGAUAAAAAGCUAAUGGAUACGGCCUUUUUUAAGACAAACAGACCACGAUUCCUUGCGGUGAGACAAUUCAGGGCAUUACAUAGCUAAUUAGUCAGCCGUACAUAAGUUUCGCCACAUUUUAACUCAAACUGCUGUCGCUUUUGUAUACAUCUGCGACGUUAUUUCGCAGUUUAUACGUGAUUAAUUAUACAGUUUUCAGCGACAAAAUGCCCGCCAAAUAGACUAGAAGGGGUACCAAGUGAGUAUCAAUGCAGAUCAGACUAAACAGGCUAAAAGCGAGAAAGUGUCGAAUUUGGUUUAAAUUAGUAUUUAUAGUAUUUCUUCUUCAGAUAACUUUAAACAUUGUGUAUGUGUGUACAUAUAUACUUAAUUACUGUAUGUAUAAACUCGGUUUCGAA